UCCAAAUCAAAUCAAAUCAAGAAUCUGUAAUGGGAUGACAUUCAUUUAGGCACUCAUAAAAAAAUGACCUUUCUGCAGGUGAGGAUUUCUUGAGCUUCAUAUACAUACAUAUAUACAUAUAUACAUAUAUAACAAUGACAAAGCAAGCUCAAGAAAUCAAAUCAAAUCAAAAAUCUGUAAUGGGAUUUUUGAGCUUUCUGCAGGUGAGGAUUUCUUGAGCUUCCUUCUCCAUCCACACACAUACACACACACACACAUAUAUACAUAUAUAUAUAUACACAACAACACAAUGACAAGCAAGCUCAAGAAAGCCAUAGGGGCAGUGAAAGACCAAACGAGCAUCAGCCUCGCCAAGGUCUCGUCCAACGCCACCUCAUCAACCCUCGAAGUCGCCGUCCUAAAAGCCACGUCACAUGAAGCGGUCCCCAUCGAAGACAAGUACGUCACCGAAAUCCUCCAUCUUGUCUCCUCCAACAAAUUACACGCCGCCUCGUGCGCCCGCGCAAUCGGCAAACGAAUCGGGCGGACCCGCAAUUGGGUAGUCGCCCUAAAAUCACUAAUGCUAGUCCUCCGAAUCUUCCAAGACGGUGACCCUUAUUUCCCACGCGAAGUCCUCCAUGCAAUGAAACGUGGGGCCAAGAUUCUCAAUUUAUCAAGCUUUCGCGACGAUUCGAAUUCGAGCCCAUGGGACUUUACAUCAUUCGUUCGAACGUUUGCUUUGUAUCUAGACGAGAGAUUGGAGUGCUUUUUAACGGGGAAGCUACAACGGAGGUACACGCACGAGGGUUCUCCUUUGAAUUCGAAUUCUAGUUCGAAUUCGAAUUACCAACGGAGCAAGAGUAGAGGGGCUUUGUUGAGAUCCAACGACCCCGUUAGAGAUAUGAAACCCGCGAUGCUGCUCGAUAAAAUGUCGUGCUGGCAAAGAUUGCUCGAUCGGGCCAUUGCGACGAGGCCGACUGGUGCGGCGAAGGGGAAUCGUCUUGUGUUGAUAUCGCUAUACGCGAUAGUGCAAGAAAGUUUCGAUCUUUACAAAGAUAUAUCCGACGGGCUUGCACUUGUUCUUGAUAGUUUCUUCCAUUUGCAGUAUCAGAAUUGUGUGACCGCUUUUCAGACGUGUGUGAAGGCGGUGAAGCAGUUCGAGGAGUUGAGUGCUUUCUACACGUUGUGCAAGGGUAUGGGUGUUGGGAGAAGCUCGGAGUAUCCGAGUGUGCAGGCGAUUUCCGAGGAGUUGAUCGAAACUUUGCAGGAGUUUUUGAAGGAUCAAUCUUCGUUUCCUUCGAAUGUUAAGCCGGCGAAUCGGGCCGUGAUGGCGGCGGGGGCGGUGCCGCCGCCCUCUAUUGUCCGGCAGAGGUCCGAGCGGCACGAGAGCUUAGGUGGGCAAUCGGAUUUUUCUGCCACAAGUGAUGGAUUUUCGGAUAGGAGUAUGUCCGAGUACGGAUCACAGUGCACUUCGUUGGAGGAGCUUAUAAGUGCAACGGAAUCUUGGACGGGGCCCGCGAUCUCGAUCGAUCUCGAGGCUUAUUCGGCUUCUCAAAGGGACGAUGCUUUCAUGAUGAGUGAUACCGGUUCGAGCCGAUCGUUGCCCGUUUCGUGUUCGAUUGCCGACCUCAUGUCGUUGGAUGAUUGGGUUGAGCAAGAAGAUGAGAAAGAAGUCGAAAAUCAAACACAAGAUCAACAACAAGAUCAACAACAAGAAGUGAAGCGGACGGGGUAUAUGGAUGCAUCGUCUUCCAAGAAUUGGGAC